AUGAUGCACCACGGUCCACGCCAGUCACUCUAUCCGCCCUCGUCGGCCGCGCAGCAGUCGUCGAUCCUCUCCAGCCUGCACAGCUGCGUCGCUUCCACCCAGAGGAGCGUCGACUGCCUCGGAGACUCGAUCGAGAUCCUAUCGCAGGCCACUGAAGACUUUCCCAGGCUCAAGGUCGUCCUCUCGAACCGAAGGUACCACGACCUACUUUCGGAGCGAGACAUCCACCAGGCGCGGAGCCACAUUUCGUCCGAGGUGCUGCCGCACAUCAACCAGCUCGUCACGCUCGCCUCGUCGGAGCUGGAGAAGCUGGAGCGCAAGGCGCAGGCGCUGCGCAACAAGACGGCCGCCCAAGAGGCCCGGCUGGCCAGCCUGGCAGAGACCAAGAGCCUCGAAGGGCGCGAGGCCGAGGCGGCCAGGAAGAGGAGCGGGAUGGCAGCGAGCUCCCAAUCGUCGCUCACCGGGCAACGUGGAUCGGCAACACCAUCGGCGGCAGGGGCCGGCAGGGGCGAUAACGACGAGCAAGAGCAGCAGGAGCUCGUGCGGAGCCAACGGAGGACCCUCGACGCAAAGAGAAAGAGGCGGAUGCAGCUGAUGCGCCUCGUGGAGCGGCUCGAGAAUGGCGAGAGGGUCGACGUCGACGCCGAGCUGGCCAGGACGCAGAGGUCCGCCGAUGACGGACAAGACGAGGGAGGGGAGGAGGAGGAAGAGGAAGAGGAGGAGCUGUGA